AUGAGGGAACAGAGACCGAACAUGGUACAGAACCUGGGGCAGUACACACAUAUACAUGACGCAAUUUUAGAGUAUUUCAAGAUAGGAAUAACGUCCAUCAAGAGUGACAACUUUCCUCAGAAGUACAGUGACAUGAUCAAAGCAAUACCUGGGAAAGACACUUGUCAAUUACAGAACCAAUACUCGAUUCUGGGUGCAUUCACUGAUGCCAUCAGCCCUUCAGAACAGGCCCUGGCGAACAUGAGCAAAAACAGAAAACAGGACAUUGUUCCAGAUGGCGCAUCUCGUGUGGUUUUGUCUACACCAAUAGAUGGAUGGAAUGAUUAUGUUAAUGCAGUUUAUGCCACGGGCUACGGUGAGAAGGACAACUACAUCAUAACCCAGAUGCCCCUCCCUGAGACAAUGAAGGACAUCUGGCGGAUCGUGCAUGACACGGGAAUCUCCACUAUUGUUAUGAUGAACAUGGUCGAUGAUACUUAUGAGUUUUCCACAGUUUAUUGGCCACAAGAGACUGAGCAGAUGGAGUAUCACCCACUGAUAGUAGAUUGCCUGGACGUGGACACAUCCAACACAGAUAUCACUGUCAGAAACAUAAGGAUAUCAAAGAUUGCGGGCAAAGUCGGCGUAAGAAAAGAUGAUAUAUCUGGUCGAGUGGUCCGGCACUUUCAGUUACAAAACUGGCCCGAUGGUCAGGCGACGCCAGCAUCCGUGGAGGCGAUCGUGGAUCUGCUAGAAAAGGUCGAGAAGUGGCAACAAAAGGUCGAGAACAAGAAGAUACUUGUACAAUGCCUGGACGGUGCUUCCCAAAGUGGUGUCUUCUGUGCGGCGCAUUCUGUCAUUGAGAAGGUCAAGGUCGACCAGGAGGUGGAUGUUUUCCAGUAUCUCCGUCUGCUGAGGUCACACAGACCACAACUCGUCAACACUUAUGAGCAAUACAAGUAUGUCCAUGAAGUCGUUCUGAGAUACCUACAAAAUUUCGACCUCUAUGCUAACUUCCAGUAAACAGUGCAAUAUACUCCCAGGGAGUUACUUUAUUUGAGCAACGAAUCGUUUGUCGAAAUCUAUGAUACAAAUACCAGCAGCAGUCGAUCGAUCAUUUAAAGGGAAUGUUGUUUCCAGGCAAAUUGUGGCUGGAAAUGGUUCGUGACUCCACCACCACGGGUGUCAAAAUCAUUCUAUUCAGUAUAUGUAAACUCUCAAGAGAUACAUGUAGGCCUGCAUAUUUUCAUUACGAUGGCAAAAUGUAUACCAGGUUACAUGUAGGUGCUGGUGCCAUAUAUCGGCGUCGGUCCAACUAUCCCAGUAUAGCCUGAUAUCACGACUUUAGAG